GUCGCGCAGCGGCCCACUGACAGCUUGGUCGUCCUUUGCGGCCAGGCCGUCCAAACUGAACAAUACAUUUCUGCGUGCAACUGCUACAUAGGGGAUAACGCGGCAGCGCUAUCGCGGAGCCUGAUGCGGGGCGCUGCUGCAUCCGUCGAGUGACUUCGUUCAGGGCCACUGCGGCCUGCGCCUGCCUCCCCUGUGCCUGCCCGCUCGCAUGUGCUGGGGCGCUGCCCAACAGCCUCUUCUAGCGCUUAGCACCCGCAACUGUUGCCACUGGUGGACUCAACCACUCCAGACAGCCGCAGCGUCCAGCCGCGUCAGCCGCCUCAGCUCGCCAUGGGCGCGCAAGCAGCAUCCCCUGACUCGCAGCAGCCAGCGCCAUCCGAUGUCACCAACGCCGCCAUCACCACCAACGCCUCAGCCUCAGCGCCCAAGCCCAAGGUGCACAUCCCAGCCGCCCCUGCGCUGACGAAUGCGGAGCGGGCGGCCCUGUCGCAUUAUCUGGCCCUCUUCUCGGAGCGCGACCUCAUAGACGGUCGGCAGCCGCCGCCGCCCCCGCCGCCGCCCUCCAUGGAGCAGCGCAUUGCGAAGGUGUCCGCGGAGCUGCGGGGUGCCCGGUCGCUGAUGGAGAGCAACCAGGAAAUGCUGGAGCGACAGAGGAGCGGCUACAAACACGCAUGCACGACCGGCGGGGGCUGAGGGCCCAGUGGAUCAUGGAGGUGAGGGCCUGGGCCGCUUGGGGGGCAGGCUGCGCAGGGCGUGGGCGCGGCGGGAGUCGUGGGGCACCCGUAACUCUUUGUCGCGAGGGCUGGCAGCCUCGCACCAGCCUGGCUAUGGACGAUUGCCCAGGCAUUGUGCUGCUGAGGGCAGCUUCCACCGCAGCAAAUUCGGCCCACGUGCUAAUCACAGUUGCCGCUAUGUUGGCCGCUACACUGCUGUCCACAGGAAAUGGUGCGUGGAUUCAUCACUACGGGAACGAGUGACGGAGCUUGAGUCCAAGCUGGCGACUCUGGAGGCGGAAAGGCGGCGGGUGCAGCAGCAUGAGGGUGGAGGGUAGAGUCAAGGAGGCUGAGGUGACGGUGUAGCAGGAGGAGCAUGCGAGAAAGCGCGCGGGUACAAGGCCGGGGGAGCGCGUGGAGCGGAGGUGCCGCUGGCGGGGAGCAACCGGUUUGGUCGCGCUCUCUCGCACGUGGCAUGUUGGUCUCGUCAUGUUUUAGACUGGGACUCUUAGUCCUCAGCUCUAAAGGGACAGAGGUAAUAUUCCCUGUCGUGAGGCAGAUUCCCAAAAC